AUGCACAACAUCACUCGAGCGUAUGGCAGCUAUUACGAACUGGCCAAAGAUCCCAACAUCGAUGUGGUGCACAUCGGCACUAUCUAUACCAACCACCUGAGCUCCAGUUUGCUUUUCCUUGACGCCAAAAAGCCUGUCCUGUGUGUGAAAUCCCUGGGGAUGAGAUCCAAGGAGGUCAAGGAGAUCCUGGCCUGUGCCAAGAAGAACAAUGUCUUCUUCAUGGAGGUAACUGAAGAGCAGAGCGACACGGUGGGACCAACAAACUUUUUCACCGAGAACUCACAUGAUAUGACCUCAUAUUUUUGGAGGGCGCUUCAGGGGGCAUUUGCCUACCGAGAGCUCCAGAGGCUGCUCGCCCAGGUAGAGAUCGGUGACGUGAGGAUGGUCCGGUCCGAGUAUGGCCUGUCCCUGCUGCCUCUGCUGAGAAUGGAGCUAAAGGAACUUGGCGGAGGAGCGCUGCUGGAGGUUGGCAUUUAUCCGCUGCAGUUCUCCAUCAUGGUGUACGGUGUGGACGAGACCUUGGUGGUGACGCUCAAGUUCUCCAAAAACAGGAUGGCCGUGUUCACCAGCUCCUCGGGCGUGCAGCUCUACAAUGAUGCCAUUGUGGUGGGCACCAAAGGGUUAAUCCGGUUCCCAUCACACAUGUGGUGUCCUGAAGUCAUGGUGGUGAAUGGGAAGGAGAAGUACCCUCUCCCAGAGCCUCACUUGCCCCUCAACUUUGUCCAUAGCACGGGGUUGCGCUACGAGGCGGAGGAGGUCAGACAGUGUUUGCUCAAAGGAAUGAAGGAGUGUCCAAUCGUGUCUCACGCUGAUUCGCUGCUGCUGGCUGAAGUCAAAGAGGAAAUUCUUAAACAAGUUGGAGUGGUGUAUAACUGAAUCUUUUUUUUUUUGUGUUUUGGGGGCGAGGGGGAGUUGAAAAAAAGAAUAGUCUUCCGAAAAUAAAACACAUGCAAAAAUAGAGUUUAGGUACUUGCCUAUUUAUUGAUGAAAUCCAGUCAGGUGACAACAACUAGCGACACAUGACCACUUGGCGCUCAUAGCUUGAGUGUAACAAUCAAAAGCUUGUCAGACAAUAGCAACAAAGACAAAAAAAA